AUGAAAAAAGGUUUUACUUCUCACAGUCCCAGUUCAUAACAUUAUUAUAUUGGUCCUAGAGAAAUAAAAUUGCCUAAAUUUGAAUUUGAAUAUCCUCAUUCCUGCUAUGGAUUAGUGGUUUAAAGCACAAAAAAUUCUAAUAAAACUGAACUAAUUACAGAUUCAUCUGGUGAAUCUCUGCUUCCACCUUUAAUUUAUUUUAAAAUUAAGGAGAGAAAGGAAAAAAAGGAACAAUAAGAAAAAUGUCUUUUAGUCGGAAAUUCGUUACAUCAAAUGCCAAAGAAAAUUAUAAAACCUAAAAUUUCAUAUCAACCAAACAUAUUUCCUUUGAAAGCUUUAAAAAAGAAAAUAAUAAAAUAUAAGUUUAAUGGCAUUUAUUUUGAAGAUGAAAGAUACUCUUAAGAUGUUGAAUUUUAACUUAAUUAUGCUAAUUUAAGAACCUAUUAUAAUUCAAUUAACUUAUCAAAUAACUUAUAUAUUUAACCUACCAUCAAUUCAUAUAAGGCUUAUAUUGGUAAAGGUAAUAAUGGAUAACUAGUAUAAUGGAUUUUAAAAAGAAGAUGGUGGUGGUCGAUAGUUGAUAAAGAUAAAGAAUAAGUAAACUUCCUUUGGUAAUAAUUGAGAAAUGACUCUUAUAUAGAGUUGAUUCCUGAUUCAAAUUAAGAGAUCUGUUAAUAAGAUAUUUAUAUUUAAGAAUAAUUAAAUAUUGAUAAUAUUUAAUAUCAACAUUUAUUGCCUUAAUAAUUAAACGUUGAAUUAUAAAAACUCAUAAAAAAAGUAGGAAAGAAUUCCAAAAUUAUCUCAUAUGAUCAAGCAAAGAAAUUCUAUUAGAAUCUAAGAAUAUUUGAAGUAAAUAAUAACACUAAACUUCAUAAUCAUAUUUAAAAUAAUACACAUUUAGGUAGCAAAAAGAAUCUCUUCUAUAAUAUGAAAAAGUAUUAUGAAUAAAAAGGAUUGAAUGUUUUUGAUUUCUUGCCUUAAACAUAUCAUAUAAGAAAUAAAGAAGAUUUAAAUAAUUUUAUUCAAUAAAAUCCUAAUUAAUCUAUUUGGAUUGUUAAACCAGCUGAACUUAGUAAUAGAGGUCAUGGAAUUCAUAUAUUUUAGACAAUUAAUGAAGUCUAAUAAUUUUUAAGAAACAUCCAUCAUCAUAAGAAUGGAGUUUAGAAGACUUUUAUUGUUUAAAAAUAUAUUGAAAAUCCAUUACUAUAUAAUCAAAGAAAAUUUGAUAUUAGAUGUUAUAUCUUAUUUACUUCUAUUAAUGGAUAACAUAAAGGUUAUUGGUAUUAAAAUGGAUAUAUAAGAACUUCUAGCUAUGAAUUUAGUUUGAUUAAUUUAUAAAAUAGAUUAAUUCAUCUAACUAAUGAUGCUAUUUAAAAGAAUUCAGAGGAUUAUGGUAAAUUUGAAAAAGGAAAUAAAGUUUCAUUUGAUGAAUUUAAUAAUUUCUUACCAAUUGAUUUUUAUUAAACAAUUUAUAAAUAAAUGAAGAAUAUAGCAUUAGAUUAAUUUAAAGCAACAUAUGGUAAAUUAGACCCUAAAAGAAAAGAAAAUACUUUUGAAUUAUUUGGUAUAGAUUUUAUGAUUGAUGAUAAAUUUAAAGUUUGGUUGAUUGAAACAAAUACAAAUCCUUGUUUAGAAUGUUCAGGUCCUCUUUUAUCUAAAUUAAUUCCUUAAUUAAUUGAAGAUCUCUUUAAACUUGUAUUAGAUCCACUUUAUCCUCCUCCUUAAUUUUAUACUUCUAAAAAAUUUAUAUAUGAUUCAUUUGAAAAUAAAUUUGAAUUAAUUUUUGAUUCAUCUAUUUUAGAUGUACCAUAAAUAUUUACAUAAAAUUUAAUAGAUGAGCAAUGA